GCCAUUAUCCGGAAAUAGUUAAAGUUCAAUUUAUUGAAAAGGGAAGCAUGUAAAUGUAAUGCAAUAACGGGUUCACCUGCAUAGGAGAAUUGUGUGAAACUUAAGACUGUUUUAAUUUUUAACCUUCACUUCAUACAUGGCAUUUAAUAUAUUGCUGCGACAGGGUCAUAUUGUCAACUUGACUAAAUUAUUCGUUAACAAAUGCAAUGGUAGUUUAAAGACUACGUCAACUGAUAAUAAUGUGAAGAAUGUGUUUAGACAGGGGUCAAGACGUAUGUCAUCAUUAUUAUAUUUAUCUAAACGAUCAUUGCAGCAGCAUGAAACUAUAACUAUUGACAACAUUGAAAAGUAUGCAAGUUUACAGUUUAAGUUUAAUUAUAAACUUUUGUUGAUAAACACUGCAUCAUGUCAGAGAACACCAGCAGAGUUAAAAAGACGUUCUUCAACUCUCAAUUCUUCUGCUUCAUAUCUGACAAUACCAGUGCCGGUGGUAUGUGAUAGGCCUACAUUGCCUGCAACUAAUAAUAGUAGACCUAAUAUUAAGAAUAAUAUAAAUAUAGACCUAACUUUUACUUAUAGCCCUAAAUAUAACAAAAGCAUUUUUUCAAAACAAUUUCAAAUAGGCAGAGGAUUAUACAAAUACAAAACAUCAUCAGUUGAUCCUUUGCCAUUGUCAACAAGCCAAAUAUUUCUAGGACAGCUAAGGUGCAUGACCCAAGGCAGUUUAGAACCCCAUAAUCAAACAAAGAUUCAAAGUGAACAGAAAGGUGGUGUUAUUAAUGGAUCAUCAAAAAUUAUUGAAUCUGGUGAAAAGAAAGAUGGAAUCACCCCAAGUAAUGGUCCUCCUGAUACACCAAAGAAACUAUCACUUUAUCAGCGAUUUAAGCAGACUUAUAAAGAACAUGGGAAAAUACUAAUUGGUGUUCACUUAGUCACUUCUGCUGCUUGGUUUGGAUCAUUUUAUGUUGCUGCAAGGAGGCAAGUUACUCUUUCUUUACAAAUUCUUGACAUAAUCGAAGAGGUAAAACAGCACAAAGUUUUACUCGUUCAAAAUCAAUUAAUUAAAUUAAUUAAUUGUAUUAAGUUUAGAUAAAUUAUAAAGAAUUGUGAUGUUCUGAAAAAAAUGCUUUUAACUUUUAUCUUUCCUUGUUAUAUUGCAGUGGCUUAGACAUUGUUCCAUACCUUGAAAACUGGAAUGUCAGUGAGAAGGUUAUUUCACCAUUUCGAUCUGGGGGUCUAGGAUUUGUAGCUGUGGCUUAUCUUUUGUAUAAACUUGCAACUCCAGCAAGAUAUGCAGUCACAAUUGGAGGAACCAACCUUGUCAUUAGGUAAUUUUCUUAUUCCGUAUCUUCACUGUUACUAGUCAUGCAAUAUCAUUUGAGUAUAUGUCGAAUGAUUUUAAAAAAUUCACAUUUCACUGUAAACUGAUCCUAGCCCCCUCUUUUAUCCUAAAAACAAUUAUUUUAUGAUAAAAAAUAUUUGGAGAACAGUCGUUUUAACAACAGCUUAAUUAAAAUUUAUUUUGCGCAUUAACUCAUAAACUGUGUACGUUACGUUUCUGUACAAUGCGGGCAGUUUAGAGCUUUUUGGGUGCCUUAGAAAAAGGUGGUUUUUCCACAUGCAACUAUAGCUAGACCCCAUAAGUAAUAUUUAAAGAAAGUAGACUGAGUGAGGAAUCAUACUGGCUGUUUUGUUAAUGCUAUUUUAUACCCUGUGACAGUGACCUUGACCUUGGAGUGAACAAGAAUAUAAUGAAAAGUUUUAUUUUCAAGUGCCUCAAAUUAAAAUUUUUAAAAGGCAUAUUAUUAUAAUGUUUAUAUAAUAUGAUACCAUUUUCAUUUAUCUUUCAUAAAAUAUAUUAUUUGUAUAUGUUUUAGUUGUUCAUAGAGUUUUUAAAAAAAUUCUUCUGAUACCUAUAAUUACGUUCACAUAACCAAGCACGACAUAAACAAUAUAAACAUUACUAAACAGCAAGAAACAGAUAAAAUUCAAAAAGCUGGGAUAUGAAUAUUUAAUCCAUAAAAUGAAAUAUAACAAAACAUAUAGAACAACAUCCAAUUAUUUUUUGUUUGUACAAAAUCAUCUGCCACAUAGCUUUGAUCGAGUCCUGUUGUUGUGGCAACACCUUCUUGUUCUAGGCCUAGGUCUAAAUCAUCCUAAUGUUCGCUUUUAACCCACUAGAAAAAUGAUCUGAAUUAUCAUUGUGUUCGUGUGUGAUCGGAAAAUCAUCUUCCGAAUCACUUAAGUCAUUAACUAAAAAGAAUUAUCAAAAAGAUUCGUAACUCAUUUAUUUUGUAAGCCAGAUGGUCCAGCUAUGGCCUCAUCCAUUUCGCAAAAACCCACUUACACAAAUUUGCUUCAUAAAGAUCGUUGUAAAAAAUAACUCCAAAAUUUAAAAAAAGGAUGCAGAAGAGCGAAAAACAGAAGUAUAUUUAUUAUUAAAAGGAAGUAGUUUUAUUUAUUGUAAAAUAUUGGACUGGCAGUUGUUCUUUCAACGCAAUUUUUAUUGGCCAACACAGUACAGGAAGAGAAAAUCAAUCUAUUAAAUAUGCCGACCUGAGUUCGAGGGUUAAAUUGUUCGUUGCAAACGAAGAGAAAAUGUGGCUUUAUGAAUGUUUGGCUUCUUUGCAUAGUGAAUAGCCCUACAAAACUAUACGUUUUUUUAAAAUAAUUUUGUUUUAAAAUUUUAAUCUGGUAGUUGAUUUAAUACUCUAUAUUUCAAUAGGUACUUGCGAAAAGAAGGAAAGUUAAAACAAAUACCAAAAGAAGACUCUCUGAGAUCACUCUACAAAGAAGGGAAGGAGGACUUAAAAAGGAAAUCUAAAGUUCGUAUCAAAAGACUCCGGAGGAAAAGUAAAAUGAAUGGAAAAGGACCUCAAAAUGAUAAAUGAGUUAAAAGAAUAACAUACUUUAUCUGAAAAUUAUUAAUACUUCCUGUUACUGUUAACAGAAAGAUUGUGAUUUUUAUUCAGCUUUACAAAUAAUCCAUUUUAGCAUCCCCUCCUAAAUGUUGCUAGAUUUAUGUAUGUUCUUUAUGAUGAAAUAAUGAAUUACAAAAAUUGAAAAGAAACAUUUGUAAUCAUAUAUAAAUAUAAUGAUUCAAAAAUUUGUUAUUGUCAAGUAUACAAAUUCUACUUUUUUUUGUAACAAGUUUCUCUGGGUUUUAUUUAAGAUCCACUAAUAGUAUUGAGUUAAGAUCCAUUAAUAAUGGAAGACAAUGCAAAAUUAAUAUAUUAGAGCAGAUUUAUAGAAUUUAAUUUAAAUUAUUAUUUAUUAUAUACUAGCACUAUUAGUUAUAAAAAAAACUUAAAUCUGGGUUAAUAAGACACAUUCAAAUUCAGUAAGGAAAACAGUAUGUUAAUGCUUUAAUUAAACAUCAUAAAUUUUUCAAUUAAUGUCUUUGUCGGUAAAUUUUACUAAACAUUUUUGUGAGGGACUUUGUGCCCACCCUAUUUUAUUUCUUUCAUUUUACUUAUUUAAUUGGUAGGAUUUAUAUUUUAUCUAAAAACAUAUCCGUUUUGUUUCUCUUUUACUGACAAAAACAUUGGCCGAAAUUUUAGUUUUUGUAGUUUUAAUUAAUUAAAGCUUAACCACUCUGUUUUACUUACACCAAUUGUGUCUUAUUACUAUAGUACUACCAGGCAGUGUUCAUUGGUGACUCCAAUGGUAACAUUUAUCUUAAAAUGAAAACAAUGAUCAAGACGUUGUGUUAUUUUGUUACGUUUUUAAGGCUGCUGUACUGUAACAUUUAUGCUAAUGCCAUUGUAACAUCAGCAUCUCAUUUCAUUUUUUUAAUUUGCUUUAGGUUAAGAGCUGUGUAUCUUGACCAAAGGUCUAAAAUUCAAAUAACUGGCAGUGCCACAUAUUAUACGUGAUUAGUCCAAACACUUUUAUAUGUAUUUUAUUUGAAAGGUAAUACAAAUCUAUUAAGUCCACUUUUUUGACAAAAAAUUGUUUGUUAAAGAGAGUGACAUGGUUGUUAUUGAAAGUGUGUGAAAAUUGUGGAUCCUCCAAAUAAAUGUACAUUAGUUACACUGCCUUUUUUUUUACUGCCUAUUACUCUACAGUACAGGUAUAUUAUUUGAUCUGGCAUAAGAAUAUUGGCAAUAAUUAAAAUGUGGUUAUUUUUACAAUUCUAUAAUAACUAUAUUUUUGUUGUUUGCAAAAGGACAAUAAUUGUAUAAAAAUUAUUUCUGUAGCAUUUCAGAAGAAAAUAAAUUGUGUGUUUCAUUCUGUUAAAUUUGUACCUGCAAUAAAUAUUUAUUAAUAACUUAUUGUUUUAUUAUUCAACUAGAAAUAACCCGCCAAAAAAAAUGAUGGCAAUGCAUGAACUUUCAUCUACUAAUGUGCCAACUUCCAGGACUUUUAUUUAGUGCGCCUAUAUUGAACACAGUGUUACAGCCAUGCAUACAUACAUACAUAACUAGAGAAUUAUUAUUUGGGAUUGUUACGCACUGCUAUAAUGUAUUGAGAAUUUAAUCUCUUAUUUUACUCUAUGGCUCGUGACAAAC